AGGUUAGGUUAGCCGAACUAGCAGACGACGGAGCGGUAGCAGACAACUCGUAGCUCUGGCGUCGCUCGCGGACGCUCGUUCGCGUGCGUUUGAAUCGGAGCAGCUGAGGAGCGUAGAGCAUACGCGUCGUGGUUCUCGCUCGCGCGAGGUGUGUGCCGUGGUGCGCGAACGUCGUGAUAAACGUUGUUCGAUCGGGCGCGGGCGACGAGCGAGCGAGCGAAGCGAGCCAACGAUACGGCCGCGACGAUGGAUCCCGAGGCGUUCCUGGACAUGGCCAAUCAGGUCAUCAAGCUGAAGAUGUUUCCGUAUUUCGACAUAGCGCACUGCGUACUGUGCACCCUGCACAUCAGGGAGGAUCUAGGAAGCGGUGAGCUUACGCGGCCGGCCCGCGCACGGCCGCGUUUCUACUUCCCCGUGACCUCGCUAUUCCCGUGUAAAAAAGUAUACGAUGGAGUAACUCAUGCAGGAAAACUUUAUCCAAAUGCAUAUCUUAUUAUGAUACUGAUUGGAACGCUCAAAGGUAAUGGAGCUGGAUUUACAAAAUUGUUUGAACGUCUCAUACGUGGUGUAUGGACACCAACCGCCAUGGAAUUUAUGCAACCAAGUUUUCCCACGAAGGCAUCCAUGGUUGCAUCAAUUAUUUUCGUAUUAGAUAAGAAGACUGAUCUCAUUUCUGCACCUCAUGCUCUUGUAUACUUUGGUAUUGUCAUCUUCUUCGUCUACUUUAAGUUAUCAUCAAUUUUACUUGGCAUUCAUGAUCCAUUUGUACCAUUUGAAAACUUAUUCUGCGCCUUAUUCCUGGGAGGAAUUUGGGAUUCACUCGCUAAAUUAUUGGGUCAUGGUCAAGCUAAGGAUGAGAAGACGGACACAAAGAAAGCAAAUUAAAUAAUAGCAAACACCAAAAUACAUCUUCAAAUAUUUCAAAACACAUGUGUCAAAUCAAAUUUUAUUUGUAUUUUUUUCGGAAAACAUGAUUUCAUCAAAAAUUAACAUUGGCUACUUAAAUUGAUGAAAUAAAAUUAUUUAAAACUAGUCAGAUGAUAAGAGUUAUACAUAACUCUUGAUAAAUCAUCAAAAAUGUGUUGGAGAAAAGUACAAUAAUUUAAUAUAUAUACAUAUAUUAUUUUAAGAAUAAUGAAUUUUCAAAGUGUGUCUUAUAAAAGUAUCAACAGUAUUAUUUUAAUUAAUAUAAAAUACAAAUAACUUUCAAGUAAAUGAAGAAAUUUCAAAGUAUGUUUGUGAAUGGAUCUUUCUUUUAUCAGUUAUAAGUGCAAUAUUAUUUAUGGUUUAUUUCUCUUUAAUCUGAAUUAUCAUUAUAUAUAUGAUAUAUAGAUAAGAUAUAUUAAUUUAAUCAAUAAACACUUGAAAUAUAUUUUUUUCUUGUCAAUUUUGAUAGUACAUCUUGCAUAACUUAUUAUAAUUUGAAUCAGUUGAUUUUGAAAUUGCUACCAAAUUGUAGUGCAACAUAUAACUUUUAUUAUUAUAUGAAUGCAUGUUAGAAUACAUUCUAGCAAUUUUUGAAACAUACAUGUUAAAUAAACGGAAUUGUUUUAUUUAUUAUAUAAUAUUUAUAGAAAAAAUAAAUAUACUCAGGACAAAUAAUUGAUAAUUACUAUCAUUGAAUUAUCUAAUUUAUACAAUAAAACAAAUAAAACAUAUUAAAAGAGCAAGGCAUAUAAGUCAUAAAAGUCUAUACAAUAAUACUUAUGUAAAAACAUGCAGUAU